AUGCGUCAGGACAACCUUAACUUUUACCUCAUUGCGAUGGAAAAGCCAGUUGGUGACUGUAUCAGUGUGAUCAAUCUUCAAGGCAAGCUGGACUGCAAUCCGAAACCCCAGCGUGCCAAUCUCAAAGAGCGUUGGCCUGAGUCGGUGGAAGAGAACCUUGAGCGUCUGGAAGAUGCUGGUAUCCCUUAUGAUCGAGAAAUCCCAAAGUGCUCAAACUGUGGAGCGCCGUCGGACACCGUGCCCGUGACUGCACUGAGCCUCGCCGCGAUAGAUUCGCUUGCCGUAACUGCGGGUACGACCUUUCUCUGUUCAUGUAUGAUUGUGUUGCUUACCGUGCGCAGAUCCUCUGAGCAUAAAGCAGCCGAAUGUCCUAACCCUCGCUCAGCAGAGGGCGUUGAGUUCGGUCAUUUCGCGAAGGAUUGUCCACAGGCCCCUGCCCCGAGAACCUGUCGCAACUGCGGAUCCGAGGAUCACAUUGCACGAGACUGCGAUAAGCCCCGUGACAUUUCAACUGUGACUUGCCGUAACUGUGACGAAGUGGGUCACACUGUCAAGCGCUGCCCUAGCGCCGUAGUCAACGAUACCGGUAUGGGCGAUAACUCGGGUUUGGGAGAUAGUGGCAACCAGAACGCGACCGCAGAUGAUGGGUGGGCUGCCGAUAACACCGGGAUGGCCGACCAUUCGGAGGCACAGCCUGCCGAAGAAGGCGGAUGUGAACCAGGUUGGUAG